UGCGGUCAAAGUGCGCUCGUAGUCCUUCCCUCAUUCGGCGGCAAGGCGUGCGAGUGUGCUACAAUAGCCUAUGCUAUUGAAAUAAACAAUUUUUUUCCCCUUAAUACUACUUUAGCUGUACAGUCAUGAGUUUGCCGCUGAACCCCAAGCCCUUUCUGAACGGUCUCACGGGAAAGCCUGUGAUGGUGAAGCUGAAGUGGGGUAUGGAGUACAAGGGCUACCUGGUGUCCGUGGACGGCUACAUGAACAUGCAGCUGGCAAACACAGAAGAGUAUGUGGAUGGAGCAUUAGCGGGGCAUCUUGGUGAGGUGCUCAUCAGGUGUAAUAAUGUUUUGUACAUAAGAGGAGUAGAAGAAGAGGAAGAAGACGGCGAGAUGAGAGAAUGAAGAGUGAUUUGAUUUCUUUUUCUAAUCGGAUUGGAUGAUUUAUUGGUUAUUUUGCAGUUUGUCCCAGUUUUAUGUGAAGCUGUGUCUCUUUUCUUUGUAAAAUUGUUAGUUAUUUUUUACACCGUAAAAGUUAUUGGUGGCACAAUGACAAAUAAAUUGUGCUGUUUGUA